CCCGCCCCUGCCUCGCCCCCGUGCUCCCCCCCCCCCCACGCCCUCGCGCGCUCUCCACUUUCUGAAGAGUUGCGGCCGCUCGCGACCCCCAGCGUUCGGGAGGCGCUCAGUGGAGCGGCGGGAGCAGCGGCAAAAGGAUGCCACGAAGAAAGAAAAAAAUUAAAGAAGCCUCUGAAAGCCAUAACUCGGAGAAGAAGGAUCGAGAAACCACCAGUCCUGUCAGUAUAAAGAAGAAGCGUAGACUUGAGGACUUAUUCAUAGUGAUAUCUGAUAGUGAUGGAGAGGAAGCAAAAGAGGAGAAUGGAUUGCAGAAAAUGAAGACAAAACAGUCGAACAGAUCAAAGUGUUUGGCUAAAAGAAAAAUUACACAGAUGUCAGAAGAAGAACAAUUUGCUUUGGCUCUCAGAAUGAGUGAGCAGGAAGCUAGGGAGGUGAAUAGCCAGGAGGAGAAAGAAGAGGAGCUCUUGAGGAAAGCCAUUGCUGAAAGCCUGAAUCUCGUUUGUUUGAGCUGGAAUUUCCUAGAGUUGAAAGAGCUGACUUUGAACUUAGUUGCUGGUCUUCUGAUGCUUCUGCUACCAGUUCUCAACCUCUGGCUAUUGGAUUAUCUUCACAUUCCCAUCAAGAGAACACCAAAGAUUCUGGAACCACUGAAGAAUGAAUGUGGCCAAGAAGAUGAGACUAGUGAAAAAAAUGAAGGCAUCUCAGAAGAUAUGGGAGAUGAAGCCAAAGAGGAAAGGCAGGAAUCUAGGGCAUCUGUCUGGAACUCAGAAACCAAGGAUUUUCAAAAAAGUUCAACUAAAAGCUUGAAACAGGAACUUUUGUUGGAGGAAGAACCAACAACCAGUCAUGGUCAGUCUUCCCAAGGUCUAUUUGUUGAAGAAACUUCAGAAGAAGUUCUGAAGAGUUCUGAAGAAGGAAAUUGUGUGCCUGUCUCACAAAGCAUUGCAGCUUUGGCCAAUAAGAGAAACUUAGUCCUUAUGCCAGAGAGUUCUACAGAAGAAAUUACUGUUUGUCCUGAGACACAGUUAAGUUCCCCUGAGCCCCUUGACCUCAAUAGAGAAGACUCUCCAGGUAGCAGCGAGGUCCCCAUUGAAGUAAGAAGGACAGUGAGUGAUAAGCAGGUUGGUGAUAGAGAAAAUGGCGAGAAAGCAAUUCCCACUCCUGCAUUCUCGUCUAGUACCCGGGUGUCCUGUCCACUGUGUGACCAAGACUUUCCUCCCACGAAGAUUGAACAACAUGCCAUGUACUGCAAUGGUCCAAUGGAGCAGGAAACAGUGUUGACUCGGAAACGGAGAGAGGCCAGGAAUAAAAGUGACAGUAAGACAUCUACACGGACUGCCCUGGACAUCAACAAGAAGGAGAAGUGUUAUCUAUGUAAGUCCCUGGUCCCACUUGGAGAGUAUGAGUGUCAUGUAGAGGCCUGUCUCCAGCAUGCCAAGGGAGAUAGAGGAGAUGGAACUGAAGUGGGUAAGAGAACCAGAGUGUGUGCAACUGUGGAAGGCAAACAGCAGCAACAGCUGAGGAAGCCAAAGGACAAAGACCACAGUGAAGGCCGACUGCUCAGUCUCUUGGAACAGUCUGAGCACAAGACCAUAGGUGUAGAGAAAAAAAACAAGUCUUCAGAAGCAAGAACCUUCAAGAUACCUUCAUCAGAGGUGGAAGAGGCUAGCUGCAGCAGAGAGAUGCAGAGUUCCCUCUCACAGCUCAACUUAAAUGAGUCUCCCAUCAAGUCUUUUGUUCCUGUUUCAGAAGCCACAAAUUGCUUAGUGGACUUUAAAGACCAGUUUACUUUUCGGUCACGGACCAAAUCAGGCAGAGGAAGGAGAAGAAAAUCUUGAAUUUCUUGGGACUGGAGGUUGACCGGAAUUAUUAUUGUUGGGUUGGUCAUGUUCAUUAAUUAUAGUAGUUCCUAGUUUGUUGUGAGAGUUUUGACCCUGUUGUUUUUACCAUCAGCACCCACUUAGCAUCCUGAUUUUUAUGUUUUAUAAGAUAUAUUGAGACAAUUGUGAAUAGUAUUGUUUUACAGCAUUCUGUUUGAAUUUACUUAUAGUUAAAAUUUAAAUAUAUUUAUAUUUGUAUGAAAUCUUA